AUGGAUCUUUGCCCCUAUUUUGACUCUUGUAUUGGGAAUUACAAUAGGUGUACUAGUAAUUGUAUGGUUAGAAAGAGAAAUAUAUAUGCGGGGCUACAACAACGUAUUGGACCUGAAUAUGCCGGUCCUUUGGGAGUUCUUCAAGCUCUAGCGGAUGGGACAAAACUUCUUUUAAAAGAGAAUCUUUUUCCAUCUCGAAGGGAUACUCGUUUAUUCAGUAUCGGACCGGCUAUAACAGUCAUAUCAACUCUAUUAACCUAUUCAGUAAUUCCUUUUGCCUAUCGCUUUAUUCUAUCGGAUUUAAAUAUGGGUGUUUUUUUAUGGAUUGCGAUUUUAAGUAUUGUUCCGAUGAGACUUCUUAUGUCAGGAUAUGAAUCAAAUUAUAAAUAUUGUUUUUAG